AGCAUGGCCACUCUGUCAGCGUAUUCUGGUGCCAGGAUCUCUGGGCGAUGGGCUCUGAAUGCAGAUGGCAGUGGGAGUGAGGAGGCCUUGGACAGGCUCCUGGCUCCCGUUGGCACCCCCCGCAGGAAGAGCAGCAGCCUGGGAAAGCCAGAUCCUCCCCUCCUGCGGACCAGCAAGCGGACCAUCUACACCGCUGGUCGCCCGCCGUGGUACAAUGAACACGGCACACAGUCUAAAGACGCCUUCGUCAUUGGAUUGUGUGGGGGCAGCGCCUCAGGGAAGACCACAGUGGCCAAUAAGAUCAUUGAGGCACUGGAUGUCCCCUGGGUGGUUCUGCUCUCCAUGGAUUCCUUCUACAAGGUUCUUUCUCCAGAGGAGGAAGCUCUGGCUGCCAACAACGACUACAACUUCGAUCACCCCAGCGCCUUUGACUUUGACCUGCUGGUGCACACACUCCGCAAGCUGAAACAGGGCAAGAGCGUGAAGAUCCCUGUGUAUGACUUCACCACACAUGGACGGCAGAAAGACUGGAAAACAGUGUAUGGAGCCAGCGUUAUUAUUUUCGAAGGAAUCAUGGCUUUUGCAGAUAAAGAAUUACUGCAGCUGCUGGACAUGAAGAUCUUUGUGGACACGGACUCUGAUAUCCGGCUGGUGCGGCGCCUGCGCAGGGACAUCACGGAGCGCGGGCGGGACAUCGAGGGCGUCAUCAAGCAGUACAACAAGUUUGUAAAGCCCGCCUUCGAGCAAUACAUCGAGCCAACCAUGCGCCUGGCGGACAUCGUGGUGCCUCGCGGGGGUGGAAACAUGGUGGCCAUUGAUCUGAUCGUCCAGCAUGUCCACAGCCAAUUAGAGGAGCGGGAACUCAGCGUCAGGGCAGCCCUGGCAUCUGCCCAUCAGGCUCAGCCUCUCCCCGAGACUCUCAGCAUUCUUGAGAACACGCCCCAGGUCAGGGGCAUGCACACCUUCCUCAGGGAUAGGGAGACCAGUCGAGAUGAGUUUAUCUUCUACUCCAAGAGACUAAUGCGCCUGCUAAUUGAGCAUGCUCUGUCCUUCCUGCCGUCUCAGAGCCGCACGGUGCAGACACCACAAGGUCAAGAAUACGAGGGCCAGUCCUUUUGUGGGAGGGGGAUUACAGGUGUGUCCAUCCUCCGUGCGGGUGAGACCAUGGAGCCUGCCCUCAGGGCUGUGUGCAAAGAUGUCCGGAUAGGAAAAAUACUGAUCCAGACCAACCAGGACUCGGGUGAACCGGAGCUGCACUACCUACGCCUGCCCAAGGACAUCAGCGAGGACCAUGUCAUCCUCAUGGACUGCACUGUGUCCACUGGUGCCGCUGCCAUGAUGGCCAUCCGAGUCUUACUGGACCAUGAUGUUCAGGAGGACAAGAUCCUGCUGGUGUCUCUGCUGAUGGCUGAGAUGGGCGUGCACUCCGUCGCUUACGCCUUCCCUCAGGUCAAGAUCAUCACCACUGCUGUCGACAAGAACGUAGAUGACCUCUUCCACAUCAUCCCAGGGAUAGGGAACUUUGGGGAUCGAUACUUCGGGACAGAUGCUCCACCAGACUGGAGUGACGAAGAGGAGCUAGGCAGGGCCAGUUGCUGAUGGCAACAGGCUUGCUGAUAAGGAAGAGUCUCAGGGACACCUGCCACUAC